AAGAAUAAAAAGUUUUGAGAAAAAAAACUUCUUUUACUCUUAAAACAUUUAUAAAAAAAAACUAAAUCAGCUUUUAUUCAAGCAAGAAAACCCUAAAUCAACCAAUUUGGGAUCAUAUUGAACUUGCCGGAAAACGCAAUCGGGGUUGAUCCGUCACCUGCCAAAGACAGUGAGAAAGUACGUUCAGGUCUGGCUUAUAUCUUAGAUGAUUUAAGCAACCAAGUCUUUCUGUGGCUUAAGACAAGAGAGGUUUACUGUCAUUAUUUGGCAAAAAUGGCAGAAAUCCUUAGCUACACUGCUUGCAGACAAUUAUCUCAAAUGUUCGUUGCAGUUAUCUUCUUUCACGUUUCAGAAUAUUUUCUAGCUGCCUUCAUUCAUGGGAAAUCGAGUGUAACUCUGAAGUCUCUUUUGAUUAGCAAACACUAUCUUUUAGCAAUGAUAUUUUCAUUGCUAGAAUAUUUAAUCGAGGUUACAUUCUUUCCUGAGCUAAAGGAAUAUUGGGUUAUCAGUGAUUUAGGGUUAGUGUUUGUUGUUAUAGGGGAAAUUAUAAGGAAAAUGGCAAUAAUAACUGCAGGGCAAUCGUUUACUCAUAUGAUUAGGGUUCGUCCUGAUGAACGUCACCAAUUGGUUACACAUGGUAUUUAUAAAUUUAUUCGCCAUCCAGGGUACUGUGGUUUCUUCAUCUGGUCUAUUAGCACUCAAAUAAUGCUCUGUAAUCCUUUAUCAACUAUUGGAUUCACAGUUGUUGUCUGGAAGUUUUUCAAUAGUAGGAUACCGUAUGAGGAAUACUUUUUGAGACAGUUUUUCGGAAUGCAGUAUGUUGAAUAUGCCCAACAAGUUGUGUCUGGGGUGCCAUUUGUAAAUUGAAGAUGCAUCAGUUCUUUGAGCUGAACCAUAUACAUUGCCAUUUGUAUUGGAAUGGAAUAUUCAUUGCAAAGUAACUGUUGAAGUUUUAAGUUUGGACCCAUUUUUCCUCAAAUGGCUGUUUCGUGUUGCUAGAGAUAUGAAGUGUUUCUUUCAUUACAUGCAGCACUGUUGGAUUCGGCGUCUGGAUAAGAAAACCACUGUCGAGCUAUGGUGGUUAAGAUUAAAUUUCAGGGUCUUGAUUAGAUUGUUACAGGUUACUGAUAGUGAGCCUGCUGAUUUUACUUCUGUCAGGGGUUGCUUCUGCUCUGUCAUAUUUUAACCAAUUAAAUUUAGCUUUGUUACUAUCCAACUAGUGUUCUGUUUGUGUUUGAGUACACAAAUAUGUGUUUUUUCUGAUGUAAUCUUGGAACUCCUGUAAAACUAUCAUAGCUUAUUCUAGAAGAAAUUUUUUGCCACAA